UGAUCUCUGCGUCAUUCGGGCUUCUAGCGCCAAAGGCCUCUGGGACCAUGGAGACCAUGAAGGAGAUCGCUGUAAAUGUGAAUGGCAAGGGCGCCAUGCAGCUGGUGACGACGCUGCGUCCCAUGAAGGACGGACAAGUGCCUGCGGGUUGCGAUGUGGUCUUUACGAGCGGAGAGGACGGCGUACUUUACGUGACGGACCUGGCUACCGAGAGCUCCGUGUACCAGGCCGAAGUAUGCGAAGGUUUCGUGCCUUCAUUCGCCGUGACGCCUGAGCAGAAUCACGUGCUCAUUGCGUCAGAUGAUGACAGCAACGUGGCGUCCUACAGCCUCCCUCCGGACUGCCAAUUGGACCAACUUCUGCGUCGCUCCACAGUUGCUAUCCGUCAGGUUUCGUGCUCCACUAAGUUCAUUGCUAUUGCAGAUGAUGAGCCUGUGGUGCGACUGCUACUGCGUAGUAAUACAGAGCAGGUUAUCCUCGCAGAGGGCGCUACUGGAUCCAUUAAGAGCGUGGUGCUGGAUCCACAGGAGAAAUAUCUCUGUGCCAGCAGCGAAGACGCGUCUGUACGGGUCUUUGCAUUGGAUGCAGAAGGUCAGCGCGCUACGGAGGUCAAAACCUUCACGAUCAAGCACGGAGACAUCAGGAACGACGACGUAUUGCUGCGUUGCGCUUGGCAACCUGGAGACAACGGCAAGUUGCUGGCAGUUCCGGUGGAUAAAGCGACUAUUGAGCUCUUUGAACGAGAUUCAUGGGCUUCUAAGGGCCAACUAAGGCUGCCAAUUGGCAGAAGCUCCGCUGCUGAUGUGGAUAUCCUGGCAUUCUCGCCCAAUGGCCAGUACUUGGCUGCUGUGACGUGUGCUAAGGAGGUUUUUGUAUGGGAUUUGGAGACACAGACUGUGCUACGCGCCUUCAAGUUUGACUACCCAGCGCUCGGUGUACAGUUCGCCAACAAGAGCAAUGCCAUGGUCCUCUAUCACACUGGCGGUAAGCUGGCAUUUGUCAAAGAUGUCAUCCCAGCAGGAUACACGCCACCUCAGCAUAUUGUCGGACAGCCAGUGACAACUAAGUUCUCCCAGUCGAGUAAGCGACUCAAAGUUUCUUCAUUUGUGGACGAUGAGGCUGAAGAGGAUGGGAAACAUGACGAAGAGGAGGAAGAAGUGAGCUUUGACGACGAUAACGAGGCUCGAGUGGAGGCUAUCAAGGCCAGUUUCGGCUUCGGCGCUGCUGCCAAUGCCAACGCUAAUGAAAUCGAAGACGAAGACGUCUCUAUGUCCGCUCAAAUUGCUUCUACCAAGUCCAGUCGUCAAGAAACGUCUGCCCUACGUACAGUCACGGAGCCUUUCCAGCCUGGUAGCGUUAUGGACCCAAGUGGACGUACCAGUGCGACGUCGUUACUGGCAUGGACACCGCAGGGCGAGAUCGAAGUGAUUCGUGGCGCCAGUAUGAGUGAAAACCUCGUGAAAGUGGAGUUUACAGACAAGUCUCGUCGUGGCUUCAAGUUCAACGACAACUACAUGUUCUGCAUGGCUUUUCUGGACGACUAUGGAGCUGUGUUUGCCGUUCCUCGACGUGUUCGUGAGGACUGGGAGGACCUUGAAGCUGGAUCCAGUGAAAGUGACGUUAUCAGCAGCUUUAUCUUCUACCGGCCAUUCGAGUCUUGGGCGAGUAACAGUUCGUGGCACAAGACGUUGCCCGAGGGCGAAGACGCCGAGUGUGUGGCUGCUGGUCGUGAGUUCUGCGCCGUGGCGACGUCACUGCAAACGCUUCGAAUCUACACAUCCAGUGGCAUUGACUAUGCCCUGUUACGUCUACCUGGUCGCGUUGUGACUAUGACAGCGAAAGAGUCUCUACUGGCUGUAGUGUAUCAGGGACUACAUGGUCAACUGUACUACCAGCUUCUUCGUAUUCAGGUGGAUUCAUCUCGUGAACGAGUUGCGUUGGUCUCUAAGGGUGAACUACCAAUGACUCCACCGCCACGCGAUGUCUUCGCGUCACACAAGGAGAACGAAGCCAUUCGUGAAGAUGUUUCAAACUGGUCCAAACUCACGUGGUUGGGCUUCGAUGACCGUCAGAUUCUGUACGCAGUGGACUCGUUCUCGUGCAUUCAGGCUCUCUCGCCUAGUACGGGAUGGAACUGGUUCCCUAUCGGCUGUGUGGGCAACGCGCUGCAGAAGAAACCGGAGGAUCGUCACGGUGUCUUUACACUGGGAGUUGUUAACGAUUCGUUGCUGUAUUUCCCACUGGAUAAGGAAACUCGCGCUCCGAAACUGCGUGGAAACCAUCGUCCUGUGCCUGCUACGUUCUCACUACGUACAGCUUCGUUCCCUAAGACUUCGAAGAAGAACGAGGAGGCUUCAAAUGGCCACAUGUGGCAGAACGUUCGACUGUGUGGAUUGGAGAGUAUUGCGAACGAGAUUAACGAUGGGAAUAUCGCCGAUCAAGUCGUUCACGAACAAGCCGAGAUGGAUAAGGCUCUGAUCUUGAUGAUGAAAACUGCGUAUACCAAUGACGAGCCUGCGCGUGUGCUGGACUUGGCCAAGUGUCUGCAUCUCGAGAAAUCUCACCAGAUCGCUCAGAAACUUGCUAUCCACUUCUCUCUGCGUCAAUUGCAGUCCCAGCUCUAUGAAUUGUAUCGUGUGAAGUUCGAGGAGCCUCGACGAUUGCAGCAGGAGUCUACUUUGCAAGCUUCUCAGUCGCUACGACAACGUCGUACUUAUCAGGAGGAAGAGCCUGAGCAACGUGAGGUGGAGCCUCUGCGUCGUGCCCGUAGUAUCCUGUCUCGACCUCCUUCAGAGCCUCGUGAAGAAAAGCGAGACGAGCCUGCAGAGGUGGAUGAGGCCAGUGAAGACAAGACACCAAACUCACCGAAGACAACCCCUUCAAAGAGUAGUGCUGCACGUGUGGAGCGGUCUGUGGCGCCAGCGAACCCGUUCCUGAAGAAACCUGGUGGCUCAGUGGCGUCACCGUCGAUCAACAAGAAGUCGGGGUUACAGAGAUUGGCAAAGUUCGCGUCACCUCCACCGGCCAAGAAACAGCGUCGGUCGACUUGGAAGAAAUAGAGCCGGAGAUGAGAAUCUAUACUCAGUAGUUCGACCACUGUGAAGGUCUCCUCUGGUGAUUUCAAGUAUAAUAUAGCAGGCGUGUUAUCAUUUGCAGAAUUAAAGCGCAUCAUCUUUGAUCGAAGCAGUAGUUGAAGUAGUUGAGGUGUAAUGACUUGUGUAUCUUUUGCCUUCGAAGUACUGUAGAACUUCCGAAGCUCUAGCAAUAUUAGGCAAAGAUACACUUCUGCACGUACUUGUACUUUGCCUUGUAUUACCAUACACGGAAUGCAC